UCUAGUCGGCCGCUGCGUAUUUUCUAGUAUCUUUUUCUCCAGGUGUAAGGGCCCCACCUUUGUUUCGAGGGAGGGAGAAGAGGAGUGAAACAAGCACCGGAGUCUGAGCGCUUACCAAACCUGUCUGUGGAAAUGUGGGCGAGGUGAAGGCGGUUGGCGUGGACUUAAGAGAUCUUGUUUCCCUAGCAAUUACUUCAUCAAAUUCUCUUCCUGGUACCUGCCACCAAACACAAAAUGGACACAUGGUCGGGGUAAGAGAAGAAACAGAGAUUAACGCACUUUAGGAUUAUCUGAGAACGUGUUUGAAAGACUUUGGAAGAGGUUAAACUACCAGGAUUUAAAGGACGUGAUCAAGAAAAACUAAAGAUGUCGCCCCAGUUCGUUUUCAAACUCCUCUUUCUCGUCGCCCAAAUGCCUCUAAUGUGCCUGUCUCAGACCAACAGCACUUCAGCAAACCCCGCGAAAAAUAAGACGGUCACAAUCCGGGGUUGUGGGACUGGACUGGACCCCGUGUAUCGAUACUUGUGCGACCGGAGAGCCGCGUGGGGCAUCGUUUUGGAGACAUUCGCAACAUCUGGCUUCCUGCUCUCCGUCGGCCUCCUGAUCGGCCUGGUCGUUUGGUUGUUAUGCACGUGCACGAAGAGGCAGAGCGGUAAUAUCGGAGGGGCUGUGGUCUGUAUGUCCAUGUUUCUCCUGGCUACGGCGGGAAUAUUUGGGAUAACCUUCGCCUUCAUCAUCCAGUUAACUCCGCAGACCUGCCCCACGCGCCUCUUUCUAUUCGGAGUGCUGUUUGCGUUGGCGUUUUCCUGCCUCCUCGCCCGUUGUUUGGCUUUGUUGGGGUUCGGGGCGGCGAGAGGCUGGGGGGAGACCGGCGUAGCGCUGGGCCUCUUCGCCGUCCAGAUCAUCAUUGCGACGCAGUGGUUGAUCAUAGUCCUGCUUCGGGACAGAAAUCCGUGUGAAUACAGCCAAGAAGAGUUUGUGAUGCUGCUGAUCUACGUCCUGUGCCUGUUGUUUAUCAGUCUGGUGAUGUCCCUCAAACUCGUGUGCAGAUCUUGUAUGACCCACAGCUACAGCUACUCAGGACCCUCAAACCAGACUGGAAAUAUCCAAACGAUGCUGCUAGCGUUCACGUUGGUCGCGUCUGGCUGUAUAUGGGUGGUGUGGAUCACUAUGUUCACCCGGGGGAAUCGUGAGAUAGAAAAGCGGCCUCUUUGGGACGACCCGGUCCUGAGCAUCGCCCUGGUUUGCAACGGGUGGGUGUUCCUGAUGGGGCACGGGCUGUCCCAGGUGGCCUUCCUGUGCAGUGCUGAAGCCAGGGCCAAGGACUUGCCUCUGAACUUCGCAGGGUGGACCAGUCCCAGCGCAGACGUCCCGGGACUUAACAGCCUGAAGGAGGGCAGGGAGAACGGGAGCUUUGAGACUGAGGGCGACAGACGAGGCAGGAGGACGGAGCCCGCGCUGCGCUCUCCCUAUGAGUCCGAGUUCUCCAUGACAGAAAUUGACACGGAAAGAGACUACUCCAUUCCUCGGCCGAAGACGACGAACUACGGGGAACCCUACGAUGAAUAUUAAGGACAGUACGAGAGUUUUGGUUUUUUUUACAGAAAUGAUCUCUGGGGUGAAGUGAUCAGCAGUGAAGACAUUUAACAUUCUAACUCUGAUUUUAUAUGAUUGUUUACGUGCAAAUAAGGAUGUCACCAGGUUAAAUGUUUGUGUUUGGAUUAUUGUAACACGGUGUUACCAGUAUUUACGGUUACUGACACUAUAAACAGUGGGAAUUCUUCAGUCAAAUUACUUUAUUUCUCUUUGUGUAAUAGAUCUGUGUUGCUCUAGCAGCCAGCGUUAGAAAAUCAAGCUUUCUGAAUAAAAAAAGUCAAGUUAAUGUGACAUAAAAUGCACUUUACAUUCAGAUUUAGUAUAGACUGAAUACAAAUGUCCUAAAUUUUAUGUUAAAAUUCUCAGUGAUUCUAUUUUUAGCUGUUGCAAUUAUAUUUUGUCAUGAAUAAUCACAAUUAUUGGUUAACUGAAUAAUCCUGGCACACCUCUUACAGUGUCUGUUCUUUCAAUGUUACACAGUUUUAAAGUUACGCCAUGACUGUACCGAGCGACAACGAUGUUACGCAAUGAUUCAGUUAAAUCACAAAGAAAAACCUGAGGAGGAGACGCCCAUCGUUUUGACAAUCCCUUUAACAAAGACACCUGAGGAGCGCAUAAACCAAAGGAUAUACAACACCUUUUGGACUGUUAAAGACGAAAACACAACCCCAAACACAAAGUUAAACCUCGAGCCCAGACGCAGCAAAGAAUCAUCCCAAGAGUUUAUGUAAAAAUCAAAGUAAAAUCUGUCAACUGGACAAAAAAAUUUAAAAAAUCAACCCGUUAUCCAUGUACAGAAGUGUGUGCAGUGUAAAACCUGCAACAUAAACUCUUUUUUUAUGUUGCACUUGUUGUAAAUUCUAAACAUUUCAACAAAAUUUAACUAAAUAUUUGGGUCGCCACAACUAAAACAACCAAAAACGAAUAAAAAGAGUUAGAAAUACAUCCAAAUCUACCAGAGCUAUAUCAUUAUUUAAUGGUGUGUCACUUCUGCGGUGGAGAGUCUCAUUGAACAUGUUAUUUCUUCACCUGGUGGCGUCUCCUGCUCGUUUCCGUGAAGUUUAAUGCCAUAAUCUGGAACGUUCAGAGCAAAGAAACCACAUCUCCAUUGAGAAAAGCAGGUGGUGUGCGCUUAACCAGAAACAUUACACUAAAUUUAAUACAAAAAAGACGGUUUUGAGUUUGCAGUGUUGCCUCAAAACCUGAUUCUGAUCCCACCUCAUCCCCUCAAAGUCCUAGAAGAAAGACGUUUUCAAAGCCACUGACUCACGCACUCUUCAUAAAAGUUACUGGCAUCGACGCGUGUUUUUGCUAUUUCAUUUCUCCUGCAGUGUAAAUAUUUGUGCUGUUUUAUGUGCGAUGUUAUUUGUAAUCUGCCAGCGAGACGUCUGCCCAAAGAAAAGGCAGAAUGACUCACGAGUUUCAUCAGCGGAUGUGCUCGGAUCUUCCCCGGGGCUGGAUCCACAUCAGUAUGGCUCGGAGGGGAGUGUGCCGCGUGAGCCGGGGUGUAAUGGGCCUGAGGUGAUGAGGAGGGCGUGAAGCUGUCACUCUGGAGGUGCCAAACUGCUGCGCUCACGAGAGGCAUCUGAGAGCAGAGAGACAGGAGAUAAGACGGAGGAAGAAGCACAGGGACAUGUCGGCUCAGUGGGAGGCUCCUGCUGCCCUCACUGCUUUAAGUCUUUGUGUUUAAACUCACUUUUCAGAACUGUGCUGUCGAGGCAGGUCCAAACAAUUCAACCUAAACGCUCUGUCCAGUGCCGCGUGUGGAAUGUAUGAAACAAAAGUGUACGUGUUUAAAGUUAAUAUAAAGGUUAUUAACUAUGUUUGUCACUACUGUUUACUCGAUGUCAUAAAUAAAGUCUGAUUAAUGAAAUGAAGGUAACAAAAGUGUUCUUUAUAAAAACUACAGAUGCUUGAAAUGUAAGUGAAACAUUUUAAAAUAAAUUAUACUCCAGUU